AUGUCGAACGCAAAAACCAAUCAAAACAUUCAUGAACACGACGUUCCAACGUUCGAUCUCAGCUGGGACUACGGAUACGAUGGCGAAGUUCGUGUCGCACCGCAAAACAAUGUGACUCCGAUAGUUCAUCAAGGCGAAAAUCGAAUCAUCACAGCACAGCCUCAGCAUAAUGAAAAUUCUUACAUAUCUACGAUCAAUGACAACCCGAUCCGUGCGAUAAACAGUCCCUUUUUGACGCCAUUCAACCCAAGAUCUGGUUUGGAUUUUCUAUACGGACUACCUUCGUUAUUCAUUGAGCAAACCUACGACUUGAAUGAAUUACUAUCAGCGGUCUCCUCCGAGAAUCGGUACACCAUACGCGGUCCUUCGAACGAAGCCCUGUACGCGGCGUCGGAAACUUCAAACUCGAAUGAUCGCUGCUGGGGAUCACUCCGACCCUUCCAGUUGUCCCUCAUCGAUCGGAGUCACCAUGAGGUUCUUCUGCUGAAAAAGAACCUCGGCUGUGGGGUGCUGUGUUGCUUCUGUCGGACUCAGUUCCUAGAGAUGUGGGCUACGCCGGGGGAUUUGAUCGGAUGCAUCCAGCAGGAUUUUGGCCUAACAUCCAGAGAGAUAAUUCUGAUGAACGGGGAUUUGAAUACGAUGUUUCGUAUCACCGUUCCACUCGCUGAAGCCAUUCGGAUGCCGAAAGAAACACACUUCCGGGUGAUGGAUCGAGACUUGCGGUCGCAGAAAGGAACCAUCACAAGGGCAUGGAAUGUUGGCAGUUCAUCGUACACGAACAAUAUUUACUUUAACGAACCAGAGUUGGAUGUUCGAUUGAAAGCAUUAUUUCUGGGUGCUGCCUUCUUACUGGUAUGGUUGUGA